GGUCAACCGUCCUCGACCGUCUCCGCCUUUCUUGGUCGACAUGCUAUCGGACGAUUCAGACGUCGAGGAGAUCCAUACCCUUACCGUCAACGAACACUUCGCGAAGGCUUUCGAAUAUCGGAAGGAGCGGGAAGAGCUAGCCAAGCUCAAGGAAAAAUAUGGCUCGGACCUCGAUGAGAAUGACGAGGAUGAAGAGGAUUCCGAAGAGGCAGAGUCGGAAGACGAGGACGGCGAGGAGCUCACGCCCGCUGUGGACGCCGCCAUCCUGCGCACACUUGCCCGCAUAAAGCGGAAAGACCCCGCCAUCUACCAGAAUGGGAAGGACAUCUUUGAGGAGGAGAAAGAGAAGACGGGAGACGUGCGGUUCUCGCGACGCAGCGCGAAGGACAAGUCCAAACCCUUGACCAUGCGCCAACACGCCCUCGCGUCUGCUCUCGACGGCGGCGCGUCGCGCUCGGCUUCACCGGAGCCCCUCACGCACGUCGAGGAGCAGAAGGAACUCCGUUCAAAAACCAUCGCCGCGUUCCACACUGCAGUCGAUGCGAAAGACGAGUCCGAGGAGGAAGAGGAUGACUUCUUGGUGCCGCGAGAAAAGACGAAGGAUGAGAUCGAGCGGGAGGAGGAGGAAUACCGCGCAUUCCUCGAGCGCGAGGUCGGGGAAGACCUGUCAGAACUCGUUACGGUAGAAACAGACGCGGCGGGGGUAUGGGAUGGAACCGGCGCGGACUCAGACGGCGACCGCUCUCAAAAGAAGAGUAAGAAGGGGAAGAAAAAGGACAAGAAGCCCUUAAACGGCAAGCAAGAUGAGGACCAGGAGUUCCUCUUGAACUACAUCCUCAACCGCGGGUGGAUAGACAAGUCCGCGCGUCGCAUGCCCACCUACAAAGAAAUUACCGGCUCGAAAAAGGGCAAGGGCAGGUCCGAUGCGGACUCAGAUUCAGAGGGGUCUGAUGACAACGAUGAAGGGGAGGAGGUCAAACAUCAGCCGUUGGAUGAGGACGACUUCGACGAGGUUGCGGACCGCUUCGAGAGCUCGUACAACUUCCGGUUUGAGGAGCCUGGUGCCGCGCAAAUCACGCGAUACCCGCGUACUCUGCCUGAGCUCGUCCGACGGCAGGACACAGCGCGUAAAGAGGCGCGCGAGAAGAGGAAAGCGCGGAAGGAGGAGGAGCUGCUCAAGAAGAAGGAAGAGGUCAAGCGACUGAAGGCACUCAAGCUGAAAGAGCUACGCGCGAAACUUGAGCGCAUCGGGCACGAGGGUGGCAAGGUCCUCGCCGAAACCGAAGCGCUACAAGAGUUGGAUCUGGAGGGCGAGUGGGACCCGGCUAAGCACGACGAGCAGAUGGCCAAGAUCUACGCGGACGACGAGGUAUACGAUGACGAAGAUGAGCUCGUGGAUGAGAAGCCGCAGUGGGACGACGACAUCGACAUCGGCGAGAUCAUUGUUCCCGAAGACGACAAUGACGGGGACGGUGCGUCGAAGAAGAAGAAGAAAAAAAAGAAAAAGAAGAAGGGCGAGGACGACAUGGACGAGGGCGGCGUGGACAUCGCCGACAUGGACGCGGACGUGGAACGUGCCCCAGGGGACGAGGAGGAGUGGGAUGGCACGGAGGAGAUGCGCAAGAAGAAGCUGGACGAGUAUAUGGACGAGAUCUACGGCCUCGACUUCAACGACGUGGUUGCUGGCAUGCCUACGCGGUUCAAGUACGCGAAGGUCGAGUCGCAGACCUUCGGCCUCUCACCCGCGGAGAUCCUCAUGGCGACCGACGCUGAACUCAACACCUACAUGGGUGUCAAGAAGAUCGCGCCGUACCGGAAGGAGGGCAAGGGCCGCAACUGGGACUCCAAGCGUACCGCCCGCCUCCAGGAGCUCAAAGCGAAGCUCAAAGAGCGCGGUAUCGGUGGGAGUGUCCAGGCCGGGGUGGUCGCGCAGGAGAAGAAGAAGCGCAAGGGGAAAAAGGAGCGUAUGCGCGAGAAGGCCGUCGGUGGCGAGGAGGAAGAGGGGGAUGUGCCGGAGCCGAGCGUGCGCAAGCGGAAGUCGGAGGAGAGGGACGAGCCAGAGGAGGGAGACGAAGGGUCUGCGAAGAAGCGACGACGACGGCACAAGAAGUCGACCGCUGCUGUGUCCGCGUAG